AUGGGCACCAUGAGGUUUUAUCCACUGUUGCUGUUGUUAUUGUUUGGGUCCUUCCAGAGAGGGAUUUCUCAGUUGCCUGGAUGGAGUGGAGAGGUGGAAGGUAGUGGUGAGACAGGAUGGAUUCCCCAGCCAGAUUUCAUAGAUGACACAUAUUGGUCUGGGUCAGCGCCCCUUUGUUUAGGAGGCUGCACGGCACGACACCAGGAGCUGAGGAGAGAUCCCUGUGGAGACUCGAGCUGCUGCUGGCUCGGGUACAAGUCCCUGUGCAGAGUGAACUGUGGGAGGCCAGAUGUGGACUAUAAUGGCGUAGUGUAUGGUAACGACUGGUGGGUGGGCUCUAUGGUGAGGUAUACCUGUCGCUCUGGCUUCAUGCUGGUGGGGAAUCCUACCAGAUAUUGCCAACCUAAUGGUCUGUGGACACCGAAACCUACCUGUCUCCGAAUGUGUCAGCGGGGACGCAUUGAAAUAAGUGAGCGGGAACUGAAUGGGACCUGCAACUCUACUUGCGCGUAUAAGAGCUACGUGGGCCCACCCAAACAAGGCUGUACUCGGAUAGACAACUGCAAGAAGAAGGAGACAGGCUGGAAGCGCUUCUUUGCACAGUGUGUUCCUUGUAUUUGUGACUGUGCUUUAUCAUGUGCAUCUGCAGGGUAAAACACAGAAAACACUAUGCUGAAUGUACGGUGGAGACAUCAGAUGAAGAGGAAAUACACAGACGGCUUCAUACACCGCAGAGUCACACAGUUUUUUGCUGCUUCAUUGAGUUUUGUGGACAAAUUAGUGCACCAAAAUCUGGAUCUGUAUUCUCUCUCUGGCACACUGAAGUCAACAGUUUCUCCUUGGGUUCUGUGUACAGGAUUUUACACUGUGACAAGAAGAUUGCUGAUCCCUCUGAGUCAGUGGUGAAUUAUAAGCAAAGUAGAACAGCUAAACUCAUCUGUGUGAUGUAGGGUGGUGACAGGGUCAGAGAGGAAGGAAAGUGAGGUGAAUGUUACUAAUUUAAAACAGUCUUUAAGAGGUUGUGUCAGACUUGAGUCAAAUACUUAUUCAAAAUUUAAAAAAACAUACUUGAAGUGCCAGGUGGUGAGUUCUGUUUUUAAUAAGAGUCUCAUUAUGGGAAGGCAAAUUCUCAUUGACAGAACAGGAUUUGGCAGCUCAGACAACGUCCUCUGGUUGGCUGAAUUUUAAAUUCAUCCCACAAAUUUCCCCUCCCAGGAGUAUUGAACAUUAUUUAACAUAUGCCUGUAAAAAAAAUGCUUGCGUUUCUAAGAGAAAGAAAGAAAUAAAGGUAAAGAUAAGGAGAGAGAGAAGCGAAACCACAGAGAUUAGCGUCUCUGCCUCCUCGCUCCUCCUCUCGGUCCAUCUGUCCUGGAAGGAGCUGAAACCUUAAUCUUGUUACAAAGGGAGGAGCUUUGGUCGCACACUUCAGGGGUCAGAGUUAACACAAAGAGUGUUGUAGACCUUAUAAGCAAACUAUUUUUAUUGGAAGUAUACUAUGUACACAUUUUGAUAUUUAAAUUAUUUA